AUGAAUGUCGCACGACAAUAUCACACAGCAUCCACAUUAGCAAAUGGAUCAGUAUUAGUUGCUGGUGGAUCUAACGGUACUAAUCUCAAUAGUGCUGAACUGUACAAUCCAUUAACAGGCACUUGGACAAUGGUAGGAAGCAUGAAUGUUGCACGAUAUCAACACACAGCAACCACAUUAGUAAAUGGAUCAGUAUUAGUUGCUGGUGGAGCUAACAAAAAUGGUUAUCUGAAUAGUGCUGAAUUGUACAAUCCAUCAACAAACACUUGGAUAAUAACAGUCAACAUGAAUGUCGCACGAGCAUAUCCCACAGCAUCCAUAUUAGCAAAUGGAUCAGUAUUAGUUGCUGGUGGAAUGAACAGCGGUAGUAGUUUUCUUAAUAAUGCUGAAUUGUACAAUCCAUCAACAGGCACUUGGACAACUACAGGAAGUAUGAAUGACGGACGCACUUAUCACGCAGCAACCACAUUAGCAAAUGGGUCAGUAUUAGUUACUGGUGGACAGGGCAGCGGUUAUACUUUUCUUAAUAGUGCUGAAUUGUACAAUCCAGCAACAGGAAUUUGGACAACUACAGCAAGCAUGUACGUCACACGAGAAUGUCACACCGCAUCGACUUUAGCAAAUGGAUUAGUAUUAGUUUCUGGUGGAUACAACAGUAAUUAUCUCAAUAAUGCUGAAUUCUACAAUCCAUCAACAAACACUUGGACAAUAACAGUCAACAUGAAUGACCCACGAGCAUAUCACACAGCAUCCACAUUAGCAAAUGGAUAUGUAUUAGUUGCUGGUGGAUCCUACGGUUAUGGUUUUCUCACUAGUGCUGAAUUGUACAAUCCAUCAACAGGCACUUGGACAAUGGUAGGAAACAUGAAUGCCUCACGAAUGUAUCAUACAGCAUCCACAUUAGCAAAUGGAAAUGUAUUAGUUGCUGGUGGACAGGGCAAUGGUAUUCUCAAUAGUGCUGAGCUUUAUUGA